UACCUGCAUGACGUUAUGUUGCAACACCCGGACGUGUCCACUUUCAUAUAUGGCUCGUCAUCCUACAGCGGCUAUUACACGUUCUUCCUGCCGAAUAAUCAAGCAUUUACGCACGUGACCAGUCGCAACCGUGUGCUUUUCACUGAAUCCUGGCUGUACGACUACGGUACACAUUAUUAUCCGUCACUGUUGUUUUUUACCGACGGACUGGGCGACAACUACAAGUUAAUGCUGACCAUGCGCAAUCUGACCGACCGCAAAACCGGCAGAUGGAAUGUGUAUGCUGUCAGCAACGUUUUUGAGCGGUACGGUCGCUUCAGGCGCGGUGCCGUUUGGGCGAAGAUCGUCGAACCGAACAUCCCGGUUGAAAACGGCGUGGUUCACGUAAUCGAUACCGUCCUCGGCGUCGUGUCGACCACCAUCCAUCAGCUGUUGAUGGAGAAGAACGAAUGCACGAGUCUUAUGAUCUACUUAAAUACCAUAGGUCACAUGGUGACCAGUCAGUUAGCGGCCACUGGCGGAAUGGUGACAUUUUUCGCACCGAUUAACGAAGCCUUCGAUCGCAUUCCUGAAGACGUGGAACGGCGCCUUUUGCGAAAUCGCAUUUGGCUCGAGCAGAUCUUAAAACUUCAUAUCGUCCCUUCCAAAGAACUUACGUCAGAUCAGAUCCACAACGAAACCGUGGUCAAUACUUUCGACAAUCUGCGACAGCUGUAUUUUAGGAAGGUCGAUUGGCCAAAAAAUAAUAUAACUUAUUACGUCAUCGGUGGUGGUGUGACAGCUUCAAUUUGGCAGGAGGAUGUAGCAGCGGUGAAUGGCAUAAUCCAUUACAUAGAUCGGGUGCUUGGCGUUCCUUAUCAAAAUAUGUAUGACAUUAUGCGGAAUGAGACCGGAUUAAAAACCACCUUCUACGGCAUUAGCCACAUGAAUUUACGGUAUACAUUGGCGCCUUGGGAGGUUCUGCAAGCAAAUCAAAACUUUACGUUUUUUGCACCAAGCGAUGAGGCUUGGACCAAGGUCCCGCUGGAGUUGCGUGCAAAGUUUUUCGACGGCAAACACUGGUCUGCCCUUCAAUUCGUGAUGAAGCGACAUCUGAUUCAGGGAGUGGCGUUGAUGUACAGCGAUCUGCGCGAAAGAGCUUAUAUAAUGAUGAAUGACCAACGUGUGUUGGUACAACGACGCGGAAGAUACUUAGAGCUGUACUGGCCGUAUGGCAACAUAGUUGCACGAGUGCAAGAAGGUGGUCAAAUAGCAGCUAUUAAUGGAUUCAUUCACGUCAUAGACAACGUUCUUGUUUUGGAGGAAGACCUAAAAGCGGCUUCCACAAAGCUUGCAGCUGUCCCUUUUUACCUUAUACUUGCCGCCUCGUUUUAUUUUAUCUUGGUAAGUUUUAACGAUUUGUAA